CCAUUUCGUUGAUUACAAUAUACGUACUAGACCAUUGCUAGGCAACAAAGGUCUUCCUACCUGAGGUCUACAUAUUCCUUGACUUUCCCAGCGACUCUACCCUCAAUCGACCACUUCCCCGAUGUCAUGUCUCUGAAGCCAGAUUAUACUUGCGCAAAAGACACUUCCAUCUGUGACACGGCCGAUUGACAACAUAGCUGUGGCAUCCCCGGAGGCAAUCAUUAUCAACAACACCGUCUCCAACAGAAGAAAUAGAAUUGAGAUAUACUCCGCUGUCCAUACUGGUCGGUCACCAGGUAGGACUCGGUCGCCUGAACGCACCACCCACUACACACGCAGUUUUCAAAGAUCCCGGCCUCGCCCAAUCGUCUCACAACCUGACCAGCCGCGCAUUUCGCGCUCGAAUACGUUACCAACCGCAACCAUGUGUGAGAAGCACUAUUACUCCAAUACCACCCGUGAUGGUGUGCGGGAGAAGCAAACCCAGCAAGUGCGCUGCAAGAAAGCUCUCCGCAGCGGCAUUCCGUGUGAAAACUCGCAGAAGUUCAAGCACCCUGAGGGUGAACUACCUGCCUCUGCGUCUUUGCUCUCGGCAAACUAUCCACCUUCACCACCGUCAUCUGACACUUCCUUCGCACAUUCUGGCAGCGAGGGAGAGCGGUCACACAAACGUCGCUCCGGUGUCUACUUCAACGGCGAGAAAGUAGCUGAGAUUGGCCCAAAGUCUUCUCUUAGCCGCCAAACUUCUCGUCGGGAGAGGCGUGGCAGCAAUCACGUUGUCAUCGUCGAGCCUCCCAAGUCGCCUCGCACACCACCACGAUACGAAACACCAUUGGCGAGCCCUACACGGUCGCCCACUUACGUUCAUGAGCGCCCGUACUCAUCAUAUUACAUUCGACCCGAAGUAAAUUUGGAGGUCAACCGACCUCGUCGCGAUAGCGCAGUCCACUACGACUACAUCACCCCAAAGGUUAGAACUCGUCGCGACUCUCACUCUCAAGGAAGCGGUAGCAUCUCCGAUGAAGAGGCUCGCCUGCGCCAGCUAAAGCGCGAAAUAAAAAAAGCCGAAGAGGCGAAGAAGGCCGCAGAGGAAGCCGAGAGGAGGCGGAAGGAAGAAGCCCGGAAAGAGGCUGCUGCACGCCAACACAGGUUGGACAAGGAUAUAAGGCGUCAAAAUGAGAACAUCGCCAACCGUCCCGUCGCUGCAGCGCCAAUGCCGCCAACACCAUUAAAAUACCGUCGCGGCUCUGUGUCUCUCAAACAACCUGACGCUAUGCUUGCCGAUGCUAUGCGAAACACAUAUAUCGAUGCCGAGAAGGAGCGUCGGCGACGCGAGAAGCGCGUCCAAGAAGAACGGGAGCAGCGUGCGCGUGAAGAAGAGGUGGCGCAGAAAGAGAGAUUGCGCGCACGUAUGGCUCCCCAGCGGAGCCACACUACUAGUCACAGCAGCAGCACCAGCAGCAGCCGUAGACCAACAGUUGUUUAUGACGACCCAUACAGGUGAAGGCAGUGCUCAAUUAUAUUUGUAUGGAUUGCAAGGCGUUAAG